AUGGGUAGCACAUCAACAGGUUUGUCCAAUAGAGUUCUUCCCAAAAUUUGCAAAUGUAAGAUUGGUGUGGCAACUCUGACAUCAUGGACCAGCGAUAAUCCUGGGAGGAAAUUUAUAACUUGCAAGUUCUAUGAUCGCAUUAGAAAAAUCAGGCAUGGCUGUGAUGUGUGGGAGUGGGUUGAUGAACAUCAAGAGGAAUGGCAAAGGGUGCUGAUUAAUCAACUGUUGUUGGAAAAGAAGCUGCUUGGUAGUGAUAUUGAAGUACUGAAAGCUGAGGUUCAUAAACUGGAACAACAAAGGAUGAAGCUUGCUAAGGAGAAUGAGAGAUUGGUGAAGAAACUGAAGGCAGGUAGCAGGGAGAAGAGAGGAAGUGAGAGUGGAAGGAUUAACAUUUUCUAUGGGAUUUGUUUGUUUUGUUUUCUGUAA